CAGUGCUUUACCAAGCUGCACCAGCGAACUCAACCGUUUCACCGGGAUACCAGUGGGGGUCUUCACUGGAUACAGGCUCAGCGGCGGCGAUUUGACUCACAUACACAGACAUCAUGGCCAAGCUAACCACGAUCAAGGGCCCGUCCAUCCACCUCAUCCAAUACCUCAGUGACGUUCCCCCGUACAACACCCUCGAGGGCCUCGCAGCCUGGGCGGCCUCCCUCGGGAUCAAGGCACUGCAAGUUCCCGUCGACCCGCGGCUGAUCGACAUCCACCGCGCUGCAGAGGACCAGGCGUACUGCGACGCGCUCAAGGCGACAGUCGCGGAGCACGGCGUCGAGAUCUCCGAACUGUCGACGCAUCUCGCGGGGCAACUCAUCGCGGUGCACCCCGCGUACGACGUCCUCUUCGACGGGUUCGCGCCUGCGCAGUUCCGCGGGGACACCGCCGCGCGCGAGGAGUGGGCGCGCCGUGUGCUCUUCGACGCGGCGAAGGCGUCGAGGAGGCUUGGACUGAAGGCGCACGCGACGUUCUCGGGCGCACUGGCGUGGCCGUAUUUCUAUCCGUGGCCACAGCGCCCCGCGGGGCUCGUGGACACGGCGUUCGCGGAGCUGGGCAAGCGGUGGCUCCCGAUCCUCGACGCGUUCGACGAGGCGGGCGUGGAUGUGUGCUACGAGAUCCACCCGGGUGAGGACCUACAUGACGGGGUGACGUUUGAGCGGUUCCUCAAGCACGUCAACGACCACCCGCGCGCGAACAUCCUCUACGACCCGUCGCAUUUCUUGCUGCAGCAGCUCGACUACCUCGCGUUCAUUGACAUCUACCACGACCGCAUCAAGGUCGUGCACGUGAAGGACGCGGAGUUCGUUCCGGACGGGCGGCAGGGCGUGUACGGCGGGUACACAGACUGGGUCGACCGCGCGGGGCACUUUCGCGCGCUGGGCGACGGGCAGGUCGACUUCAAGGGCAUCUUCACGAGGCUGGCGAAGUAUGGAUACGAGGGGUGGGCGGUGCUGGAGACGGAGUGUGCCUUCAAGCACCCAGCGGAUUGUGCGAAGGAGGGUGCACAGUUCAUCACGGAUCAUAUCAUACGGGUAUCGGACGGGUCGUUCGAUGACUUUGCCGGGAGCGGGGUGGGUCCAGAUGGUCUGAAGAAGAUAUUGGGCAUCAAAUGA